AUGGGUGUCAAGAUAGUUUCAUUUUUGUUUAUGACUACUUUAGUAGUGUUGAUUCUGGAACUAGCAGCGGUAUCGGGUUUUAGGGUUGGAGACAAGGCCUCUGCAGCAGCUUCUCUACAUGUGUUGCUGCCCAAUAGGUUUCCCACAGGGGCAAGAUAUCCGCCGCCUGCUCCUACGUUCAAUAAACGUCGAAAUUUCAAGAGGGAUAUCUCUCCUCCUCCUCCUCCUCCUCCUCCUCCAUCAUCUUCAUUGCCACUGCCAUUUUCAUCACCUCCACCUCCACCACCACCACCAUUCCCGUCUCCGUCACCACCAGCAUUGCCGUCUCCACCGCCGCCUCAAUUGCAGUCUCCAUCAUCUUUAAUACCGCCGCCGCCGCCAUUUCCAUUGUCUCCAUCAACACCACCACCACCAUCUAUGCCAAUCCCACCUUGA